AUGACCACAACCGUGAACAUCCAGGAGUGCCUGAAGUACCCCAUAGAGGUGUCAAUCUCAAAGGCGAUCGAACAAUUAGUUUUGCUGAGCCAGAGUGACAAGGAACUCAAAGAUUCAAAUGACUCAAAAGGACCAAAAGCAUCAGAUGAUGACUCGGCCAAACAGACCAUAACUGACAUCCCAGCUCGAACGGUGGUCCUAGACCUUGAAACUGUCAUGGGAAUAGUACAGAUUCUACGGAACGGACUAAACCAUAUCCAGCGACUUACCAUCUCCAAGGAACUCAGUCGGCUAAACGAGGGUGUUAACCGCGACCGCGACUCUUUAGAGCGACAGAUGAUGUUUCAAGAGCUGGAGAUGAUGAAGGAAAGCAGUCAGACCUGGUCAGAUUUUGAAGCCUUCAGGCUGAAACGCCGCGAAGGACUUAAUAACCUGGACAGACGGGGCCAUAUCGAAAGCCAAAUGACCACACCACCACACCCGGCUUCUCGCAAGGAUUUCGUUCCGUAUACGCCUGUAAGUCCACGGAGACGAAAACGGGUCUAUUCACAGAACGAAGAGGAUAGAGAGCCGAUGGUGCUACAAACUCAGGAUCCAAAAUUACACACAUUCCACCAUUAUUACAACACCAGCCCGAUAUAUAACUCGGAACUUGGCAAGGUGACCAGUAGCUCGGAUAACAGAAAGCGGAGGCGGGUUUCUAACGAGAAGUGA